CUUGAAACAAGGACAGCAAGAAGAUUUUUAAGUGAGGCACAAUCGAUAAGCGGCUAGCAAGUGGAUCUCGAUCACUCAGUCAACAUGUCGUCGUCGCAAAGGGGUGGUCGUCUCGCCCCUCGCUGGAUUCAUGACUUGUUUCAUGGGACCAUGCCUGAACUGGGCCAAAAGAUGUCAGAAAGUGUGGCCACGCGCAUAAACUACUACGGUAUCCAUAGUCCCACUGCGCAUUGCCAUGACCUGGUCAUUAUGCCGAAGCAAUGUACAGUGGCCGAUGCAAAUCCCCGUACCCUUUCCUUGCUUUGUCGAUGGUGUGAUCAUCACUUCAUCCUUAGAACGUCCUGGGAUGCGACAGUUCAGCAUCUGCUCUGUAAUGGCGGAAAGGAUGUCUCUGACGACACCAAGUCGUUCCCUCCCCCCCAGGAUGACUACCUUAUGCAUCAUCUCGUCCACGAUGGCAGCUGGAGCGAAGAUGAGUGCGAAAAGCACGGUGCUGCCCUGCGCUGUCCUCUCCUGAGCCGGAAAUCUUACAAAUGCUCGGCCCCUAGCUGCUCCUUCGUCCUCUUCCUUGAGAUUCACGAGCCGCGUCUGACUCUCAAGUGGCUGGAGAUCCUUCUAGACAAGGACCGAGUACGAAAUCGUCUCACGGAUGCCCGUCAGGCCGAACCCGAAAGAUAUACACAGUCGCAUGAGGAGUGGAUUGACACAGCCCCGUCCCUGUUGAAUACAUAUCUUCGAAAUCGACUUGACAACGAUGAGCGGAGAAUAUCCAAGCGCAACAAGCGCUUUCAAGUCGUUUUCGGGAGCGACGUGUGGCCUCUGUUCAUCAUGCUUGGAUACGAUGAAGUGACCAUCAGUGAAGAUGACGAAGAAGAAGAAGAAUACUUUGUGCCCCGACCUCUAGAGCCCGUGAGAGAAGGACAUCCUACUGAGGAAGGAUCUCUCAGAUUCUACAUUGAACAGAUGCAAGCUGAGGCAGAGAACUUGCUAAUCCGCACUAAGGGCCUUCCUUAUGACAGCACCAACGACCUAUAUGCUUGGGGACCACUGGAACGCAUGCUCCAUUGCUGCUAUUGGCCUCGGACUAUUCAGGAGCGAGGCGACCCGGCCGCGGCCGAGUUCACUCUGCUCGGGAUUCUACCCAACAUGGUCCCAUCGCUCAUUAUGUACGCGUACUAUCGCCAAGUCCACACUUGGCCCGCCAACAAGCACCUUCUCGCGCAUUCUUUGGUCCAAGUAUCAACUCGUAUAGGCGACGAUGAUCUCCAGCAGCAGGCUGCCCUGGAGAUCUCCAUGCUGGAAGAACCGCAAUCGGCCCAAAGUAGCCAAGAUGAGGAUCUGGUUUGGCAAGCCUUCACGUACUUUGGCGUCGACGCGUCAGGCCCCGUGGGGGACUAUGAAAUCGCACGUGCUUUCAGGAACAAGAUGAACCAGGGCGAAGAUCAAAGCAGUGCGGCCCGAGAGUUCAUCCGCAUUCUAGGUCGACACAGAAACAGUCGGCGAUUGCGAGAACUUGCCGAUAACAGCCAUGGACAGAUGUCUCUGACCACGGCGUAUGAUUUCUUGGGGGCGAGCCAGAAUGAUGGCGCUUACAUGAUCAUGCGGCAGGCGGAUGACAAGUUAACCCAGUAUCCUGGAGACGUGGCUAUGCGCGAGGAAGUUUCCGAGGCUCUUCUUGUGAUCGGCUCUGAUAGGAACAUCGGAACGAUUACAGAGAAGGCCUUGGAGUGCACGACGACAACAACCAACACCAACGGAAUCGGCAACGGCAACACUGGCAUGUGGUAUGGGAAUGGAGACCGACGCGCUGUGGGCCAAGUUGGCCUGACGAACAUUGGUAACACCUGCUACCUCAACAGCUUGUUGCAAGUCCUGGAGCGUGUUGUCCCCAUCCGAGAGCUGUUGACGAAUUUCGAAGACGUUCAGCUACCGCUUGACGACCAUGCCAUAUCUGCGCGUCGCCUUGGUGGCAGUCAGCUCCCUAUUAGCAGGCCCGAGGCUGUCGUCGCCCAUGUUUUCGUCGAGGAACUUCGCAAUCUUUUCAACGAAAUGGAAACGACGUCGACGCCAUCGGUGCGCCCGACCCAACGUCUCGCCAACGCUGUCCUGAUCUCCGAUGAACAGCUUACACUGGCAUCGAAGCAGGAGGGGAUUUUACAGCCUCAAGAACAGAAGGAGCUGCUUCCCUUUGAACAAUUGGACAUGCAGGCCGCGCCUCCUCUACCGGCUCGCCCUUCUCCGGCUCCUCCCUUGGCCGAGGUGGGGCCGGGGACGGGGCCGGGGGCGGGGGCGGCUGCUACCACUGCCCAGCAUGUCGAGCAUGUUGAAGAUGCCAACAUGGUCAGCGUCUCCGUCGAGUCCAUGUCCGAGACUGGUAGUCAGGAUAGUUCGAAGACACUGGUCGAUGGAGCCAUGGACCUGGAACCCGGCGUUAGUCACACGGACGAUAAAUCAGGCGAAGAUCACACACCAUCGGACGACGAGAAGAUCUUGGCUGCACUGACCAGACAGAAGCGUUCCUCUGGAACAGACCAGCAAGACGUCGAAGAAGUUAUGGGUUCUAUUCUCAACCGUCUUCAAGCCGCUAUCAAAGCCGAAUCUGUACGGGCUGACGGAGUUCAGAUUGAGACGAUCAUGAAGACGUUCUUCUUCGAGGUAGUCAACCAUACGAAGCUAGGCCAAGACACAGGUUACCGAUCAGAGACGACACUUGAUCGAUCUAUUACGGCCUACCCAGCCGAGAACGGGGACUGCACGAUAUAUGAGGCCCUCAGUCGCAACUUUGAUCGCCAGACUAUCGAAGGCAGCGACAUUGUUCGGUACAGCUCCAUAAAGAAGCCACCUCCCCCCAUCCUACAUGUGCUGGUCCAGCGCACCAAGCAGACGGGCCAGAAGAACAGUAACCCUGUCGCUGUUGAAAGCCUGCUCUACCUCGACCGGUAUAUGGACGCCGAGCCCGACUCUACCCUAUACAAGCUGCGCAAGAUGAGCUGGUUUGUACGGAAACGACUCGAGCAGGUUUCUGCUUGUCCCAAGUCGCUGAGCGAUGACGAAGCGGAGCUUCUCGGCCGGUUCGUAGAUACCCAGGUCAACGCUCCCCCGCAGGAGGCGGCAGGGAGGGAGCAGCCUUCACUCCUCGCAGGCCAGCCGCCAGUGAAGAUGAGUUUUGGUGGCAAAACGUUCGAUUUCAAACCAUUUGAUGAGGACCAGUCCCCCCUGGACGCUGGCGAGGCCGGCGAUGCCUCCAGCCUCUUUCCCGUCGACAUCCCGCCUAUGGAGGAAAUCGAGGCGAUGGCAGAGGGAAAGGCAAAGUCCUACCUGGAUGCUGUCGAGACACUGUUCUCUGGCGAUGACCUGAAAACAUACGCAUACCGGCUUCACGCGGCUAUCUGUCACAGCGGUCACCUUAACGCGGGGCAUUACUGGGUGUGGAUCCAUGAUUUCGAGGCGGGGGUGUGGCGGAAGUACAACGACGAGAUGGUGACGGAGUAUACCGAUGAAGAGGAGGUGCUGGCGAUUCUGAACAAGUCCGGCGAUCCAUACUACCUCUGCUACGUGCGCGAAGAUCAGAAACACGAGCUUGUCCGCGAACCACCAAAGCGCGAUGCCUCGGCAGCGACUUUGAACAUCGACCUGACGACUCCCAUGGAUGACAGUCCCGACAGUAAGAAGUCGACGUCGACGGUGGAGAUUCAAGUUGGCGAAGAGGAGUCUCUUCCUAUGGUCGGCCAUCCGAACACGCCCACGACUGCCCCUACCGAGCCCGACGGACCGCCCCCCUCAUACGAAGAGAGUGUGGCUUAGAAAAAAGUCUUGCGUGCACAAAUGCGGACGAAGGAGAGCGGAACCACGCGGUUUUGGUCUUCGGCGAACCCGGCGGCUUCCUCUAAGGGAACUCAUCCACUGGCGUCAACAGCUGGAGCUGACGCUCCGGGUCAUGUCACUCCAGAACCUGACGAUCUUCGUCAUGAAAACAAUGUGCCACGCGCAUCGAGCGAUGGAUAGGGGCAGUGACAAGUUCUAAGUUCGUGGACAAGGGAAACUUGAGUUCUGUCGGUCAGGAUUUGCGGAGCCCCUUGCUUCCUUUCUUUCUUGCCUCGUUAUUCAGUUUCAGUCCCUCCCCCCCCCCCCCUUUU